UGUUGGGUCAAAAUACAAGUGUGUAUUAUUUUGUGACGGAAACAGUUAUAAUUCAUAAUUACAUUUUAUAUCAUUUUAUAACGUGUUAAGUGAUUUCAAUAAGUCUUUACUAAAUCCGCAGAAAAGCAGCCGACAAAAAACAUUAAAUUCUAACCUAUAUUUGGCAUUAAUAUAUUUCUCCCGCGUUUGUAAUCAGUUCGACGAAGCAUUUCUAAGGCGUUUGUGUCUUGUACUUCAAACGCAAGGUAAAAGAAUUUAUAAAAGAAAGCGUACUGUAAUUACAUAAAAACAAAUUUAGUUAAGCCUUAUUAGAUUGAAGUGGAAAAAGAAAACGCUCUGAUAAAUUUUUCAAUCUCAAACAUUAAAACGAAAUGUGUUCAUAAGGAGAAGAGGUUAUGUUGCCGCAACAUUAUUUCAAUUGAAGCAUAAUAGUAUAGUAGAAUAUAGUAAGAAAACUUUUUAAAGUUUUUAAUCAAGAUAUACAAAUAUGCCAACUUGGAAUCAAAUUCAAGCUCAACUACGAAAUCCGAAUAAUCCAGUGGUAUUUUUUGACGUAUCUGUAGGCACUACAGAAAUCGGACGAAUGAUUUUUGAGCUUUUCGAAGAUGUUUGUCCAAAAACAUCAGAGAAUUUUCGACAAUUCUGCACCGGAGAGUACAGAAAAGACGGUGUAUCUUUAGGUUUUAAAGGUGCCAUAUUUCAUAGAGUCAUUAAAGACUUCAUGAUCCAAGGCGGUGAUUUUGUAAACGGCGAUGGUACUGGAGUCAUAAGCAUCUACGGUGGUGGAACAUUUCCUGAUGAAAAUUUUACAUUAAAACAUGACUCACCUGGAUUGUUAUCCAUGGCCAACAGUGGCAAAGAUACUAACGGCUGUCAAUUUUUCAUCACUUGCGCCAAAUGUAAUUUCUUGGAUGGUAAACACGUUGUUUUUGGAAGAGUUAUCGAUGGACUUCUAGUUAUGAGGAAAGUAGAGAACGUUCCCACAGGGCCAAACAACAAACCAAAAAUUCCUGUGACGAUAUCUCAGUGUGGACAAAUGUAAUAGUUAACUAAUUAUAUUUUAUACUUUUAAAUGUAAGAUAUGCUAUAAAAAAGUUUGUCAUAUUUCUGCAGAA